AUGGUGCAUCAUUUCCACAACAAUUUCUUCCAACAAAAUCAAAUUAGAACUGUUCCAGCACUCGAAGCAAUUGCUGCUGCAGUAGCAAAGAACAGUGAUACAUCAAAUUCAUUAAAACCCAAUGAAGAAUUUAGUGUUUUAGGAAGAAUUUAUAUUAGUUUAGCUAUUGUUGGUGGUGUGAUUAAUUGUAUGCUUUAUAAAGUUGAUGAUGGUUAUCGAGAUGUUAUUUUUGAUCAUUUUCAAGGUGUUAAACUAGAUGUUAUUGAAGAAAGAACUCAUUUUAUGAUUUCAUGGCUUCAUAGAGCAAUUAUAUUUGAUAUUCGUACACGACCACGAUCUGUUCCAUCAAUAACAGAAAUAAAACAUUUACAAACAAUUAAUAUAACAUUAUGUAUUCUUUAUCGACCAAGAGCUGAACUUUUACCAAAAAUGUUUUGCAAAUUUGGUUUUAAAAUCUGUUGUACUAAGUCUCAAUUUGAUGCUAUUGAAUUGAUUACACAACGUACACUUAUUUCUCAACGUGUUAGUGAAUUAUUAACAGAACGUGCUACUCAAUUUGGUUUAUCACUUGAUGAUAUUUCAAUUACACAUUUAAGUUUUAGACCUGAAUUUACAAGUGCUGUUGAAUUAAAACAAGUUGCACAACAAGAUGUUGAAAAACAACGAUUUUUAGUCGAAAAAACGGAACAAAGUCGUCAAGCAAAUGUUAUUGCAGCAGAAGGUGAUGCUCAUGCAGCUGAUUUGAUUUGUAAAGCUUUAGAUGAAGCUGGUGAUGGCAAAUUGUCGAAUAUCUUUUAUUAUCCUGUCUUACUUUGUUUUAAUAUUCAUGUUAGAGUCUAUUUACCACAUGGUCCUCAAAUAUUACUUAACAUUACUGGUGCUAUGCAAUAA